CAAUGAACCAACAAACGAAAAGAAGAAAGGAAAAAAAAAUCCCUAGCUCCUCUCCUCCUCCUACUCGAUUCUUCUUCUGCCUCUCACCCUCUAUUUGUCGUCCAUCUCGUCGCCGGCGAGUAACUCGGAGGAAGGAAGAAACCCCUUCUCUCGUCUCUCUCCAGAGGUAACGAAACACGACCUCCCUCAAGACGGCUAAAGAACGAUGGCGGAAUCUGAUGAUAACGACGACGGCAAAGGCGGCAGCGAAGGCACGAGUUACAGAGGAUGGGGGAAGAAAGGGGGCCGCCACCGGCAGCCUUGGGUUCCGCCGGCGGCGAAGACGACGAUGAUAUAAGGGAAACCCUUUUCGGGUAUAAUAAUUUGAUCUAAUUGC